AUGGGUUCCGUCGAUUACAGGCUGGAGAGCCUCGAAGAGCCUGUUGAUGUGGCCAAGUACCUUUUCACAAGACUGCAUCAAGUGGCCUAUGCCGCAGAUGGGUACGCUCGUGUCAAAGGCAUUUCUGCCCUCGUGACCACCUUUGGUGUGGGUGAACUCAGCGCCCUGAACGGGAUAGCAGGGGCCUACGCGGAACAUGUGCCUCUUAUCCACAUUGUUGGCUGCCCGUCGACUAUAUCGGAGCAGAACGGGCUGCUACUUCAUCACACACUUGGCAAUGGAGAUUUCAACGUCUUCAAAAACAUGUCAAGCCAGAUCUCGUGCUACGUCGCUAAGCUCAACCAACCGAACCAGAUCGCGCUUGAGAUCGAUACUGCUAUUCGCGAGUGCUGGAUCCACAGUAAGCCAGUGUACAUCAUGGUGCCUUCAGACAUGAUCGAAGAGAAGGUUGAGGGAUCCCGCCUGAAAAUACCUAUCGAUUUGUCUGACCCACUGAAUGACCCUGACAAAGAGGCGUAUGUUGUUGAUGUGAUCCUCAAGUACUUAUAUGCGGCCCGGAAUCCCAUCAUUCUUGUCGACGCUUGCGCUAUCCGUCAUCGUGUUGUGAGCGAGGUCCACCAGCUGCUCGACAAAACAAGCCUUCCAGUGUUCGUAGCUCCUAUGGGUAAAGGAGCUAUUGACGAGCAACACCCGACUUACGGAGGUAUCUACGCCGGCAACGCAUCCCAUCCGAACGUUGCAAAGGCCGUAGAGGCUGCGGACCUAGUCCUGAGUAUCGGUUCUCUCAAGAGUGAUCUCAACACCGCGGGAUUCUCGUACCGGCUGUCACAACUGAAUACUAUCGACCUUCACAGCACCCAUUGCACAGUACGAUACUCCGAGUAUCCAGGGGUGACCAUGAAGGGCGUCCUACGGAGGAUCAUCGAUACGGUCGACACCACAAGGCUCUCUGCAUCACCUUCCCCCAGGGUGGAGAAUGAGGUCGCCGCCAAUGAUGACGGCUCGCAUACGAUUACCCAGUACUGGCUAUGGCCACGGAUUGGCGAAUACCUGACUGAAGGUGACAUCGUCAUAACGGAGACGGGUACGGCGAACUUUGGCAUCUGGGAAACCAAGUUCCCAAAGGACGUUACCGCAUUAAACCAGACCCUAUGGGGAUCGAUCGGCUGGUCCGUAGGUGCUUGUCAGGGCGCUGCGCUCGCGGCAAAAGACGCGGGUGUCGACAGGCGAACUGUACUAUUUGUGGGCGAUGGCAGCUUCCAGCUUACGGCGCAGGAGGUCAGCACGAUGAUCAAGCACAACUUGCGCGUCACACUUUUUUGUAUAUGUAACGAGGGAUAUACCAUCGAGCGGUUCAUCCACGGCGCUGAUGCCGAGUACAACGAUAUCUCACCAUGGAAGUUCAAAGAUACUCCUGCGGCCUUCGGGGCGUCUCUGAAGCAGGUCUCGACACACGUCGUGAAGACCAAGGAAGAGCUGAACAGGCUAUUGACGGAUAGGGAAUUCAACGAGGCGAGGAAUCUGCAAUUUGUCGAAUUGCACAUGCCAAAGAUGGAUGCGCCGAGGCCGUUGCUUAUGGUGGCGAAUGCUGCUGCGAAGAAUAAUGCGAAGUCAUGA